UGCCGCGUAGCGCUGCCGAAUCGUCCGCGGGCUGUCCCGCUCCCGGCGCCUCUUAUAAGCAGGUACCGCCGCCCGGUCGCCAGUUGCAGGCUGCACGCUGCUGAAUAAACAGGUCUCCUCUCGUCUCAACUGCGUCACAAUGCGUUGUCUGCUGGUGGUAGCUGUGCUGGUGGCGGCCGUCGGAGCCGCCUCAGUCUCCCAGCGCGUCUCCGUGAGCGGCUCCUCUCGCGGCGGAGAGUCCGUCUCCGUCUCUGAGACCUCGAGCAGCAUCCGCUCCGACACAGGCACCACGCUCGGCACCAGGAGCUCCUUCUCCAGUCGGCGUCGGACGCCGGCCGCCGUCGGCACCCCGGCCCAGGCGGGCGCUCCCGUGGCGCCCGCCACCGCCCAGAGGGCUGUCCCGGCCGCCUCUCCCGUGAAGCCCGCGGCCGCCGCAUCUCCUGCUGUAGGCGCUGCGUCUCCUGCUGUGGGAGCUGCAUCUCCUGCCGUGGGCGCUGCAUCUCCUGCUGCGGGCGCUGUGCCUCCGGUUGCGGGCGCUGUGCCCUCGACUGCGGGCGCCGUGCCGGCGGCCGGCGGCACCAGCCUGCAGGCCGCCCAGUCGGCUCUCAGCGGCAGCAUCCCCGUGGUGCCCUCCGUGCGCCCCCUGCGCCCUCUCAACAUCCAGGUGCCGUCUCUGGGAGCGCCUGCCAUCGGCACGCGCUUCAACAGCCGUCCCGGCAGCGGAGCGGGUGUGGCGCCCGCACUGGCCGGCGCCCAGGCCAGCCUGAACCAGGCGGCCGCCGAGCUGAGCGCCGUCAUGAGCGCCCUCGGCGUUUAGACGCUCACCGGUUUUUGUUUUGUUGGGUUAGGCCCUUUCGGUCGACAAGACCAUUGCAGAGCCGGAAGGAUGAUAGGAAUUAUGGGGAGACAUUGGUCUGGGCAGGCACCCUAGUGAGUCGCCGGGGCUGAGCCCGUCCAGAGGACAGGCCACCCAGCCCCAAAGCACUCACUGCACCCGGCUACGGGGUGCGCUCCCUCAGGAGCAGCGGUGCCGCUCCAAGGGAGCAGCCCGCAUGAGAUAAAGUUGCCUGUCCAGCCCGGAGGGGGGUUGCGGCGUGGAGGAGAAGGAUUUCAGUAUCCUGAGGAUAGAAGCACGGAUAGGUGCCAUAACCGCCGCUCACCGGUUGGCGGCGGCGGUUAUGGCACGGGGACCAGGACGGUGUGGAGAAGUCUGAGUCAGCGGAGGGAGAGUCGGCACGGCAGGGAAGCUCGGCCGCUGCAGAGGGAGCGGUGACGGCCGACGCGAACGACUCAUCAUCAGAUGAGUUUUAGUCGGAAUUAAGACUGGACUUGCGGCCAGAGAGGCGUGGCUGUGGUUGGCAGCAGUAAGGGAGAACUUGAGGGAUGGUAUUCCGUCCUCUCGCUCAGUGCUCGGCGUGGCGAGGACGGUCCAGCACCGCAGGCUUGGAGAGGAACAAACACCUGAAGGAUGCGCUGACCGGCUUAAAACGGCGUCAGUGGUGUGACGGUGGCCGAGCACUGCCAGAAAGACGGAUGGAGCAGUGGUGCCUGAGCUGCUUCUACCGAAUAGACCUGCCCCGGUGGCACUAAAAAGACAGAAUGCUUAUGUGCUUAGUGUGAGCGUCAAGGGCGGGGAGAAGAAAGCUAGAAUGAGCUUUUUGUGACUGAUUUGAAUGUGAUGUAAACCUUGUUUGUAACAAGAUGAUACCAUCGAUGUUAAUUGUUGACAAACAAUAUACUUAUGAGGACCAGUGAU